ACUGAUGGGCACUGAAAGGCAGCUUUCAUAUAUGGCACUGAUAGGGAGCACUGAUAGGUGGCACUGAUAGGCACCACUGACUGGCACCACUGACUGGCACUGAUAGGUGGCACUGAAAGGCAGCUCAGAUGGGCACUAAUAUGUGGCACUGAUGUGCACUGGUAGGCACUGAUAUGUGGCAUUGAUGGACACUGACAGGUGGCACUGCUGGGGCUACACUGAUCAUCAGGGCACUAAUCAUCACAUGAUAGCUGGUGAGGAGAGGAAUGCCGAUAACCGGCAUUUCCUUAUUUACAUGCGAUCAGCU